UAUCUCAUUGCGUCAAACGAGGAAUCCCAGGAAUCCCGUGAUAUGUACUGGACAGAAUAGACCAAUGAUAAACAAAUUCAAAGUGAAAAGUGCUCAAAUUCUUCACCUCCAGUCGACUCUGGGGCGGACACUACUGCAGCACAAUCUUUUUAUGCAUAAAAACACCAGUACAAAAAGAAAAGCAAUGAAUCAUUACUGAGAUGUUGGACACCCAGAAAGAAUUCAGAACAGUUCAUCGGGACAGACGCAGAAAUAUAGGAAAACUUGUUGAUGGGAAAUGGGUUUGGGGUGAGUGGCAUAAACUUUCAACACGCACGGCAUUCACUUCUAGCUCCUCUACCAAAUAUCAACAAAGUAAUGCACCAUCCUUUCCCACACAAAAUUCAGUUAUUUUUAAUGGGCUUACCAUUGAUGUCACAACCAACCUCGAGAAUACGGUGAUAUCUGGUCAGAAACAAGACAUUAUUUCCCAUGAUUUAUCAAUUCUAAUCAUGGGUGAAAAACGUCGUCAACGUGGAAAUCGAAGCAUCUCAAGUGGAGGUUCUUCAUCAACAGGAACACCGCGACCAAAUCCUCCAUCAAGCUUUCUCAAUUCUAUUGAUACACUUAUCGCAACACCAAGUUUCCUUGAUUCUAUUCCACCACCUUUUCAACCUGCUGUUACUUCUCCUGUACAAACUUUCAGACAUGUCAACAUUCUUGAUUUUCCUACUGCUGAACGCGUUGCAGAUAGCCCAUUUAUGUAUUCACCAAAACUAUCAUCAAAUGAAGGGAGAAUGGUUGAGAAGUCUAAACCAAGCAGCAUUGUUGCUAAGCCAGCUGGAGACAAGUCAUCCAGUCUCGUAGUUGACAAGGAAGCUGAUGAAGCAAGAACUCUCCAGAAUCUUAGGUAUUCGGAGUGGAAUAUGGAACCUGAACCUCAACUGCCUGCCCAAAGAACUCAAACUUUUCCCAAAGAUGUUCAGCCUCGUAUUAAAGAAGCUCAAUAUUACCUCAAAGGUCGUCUUGGCAAAGGCGCACUUUGUAUCAACACUAACUUCCCACCAGAUAAAAAAGUCCCUGGAGCAACCACACAAAAGAAUUCCGAGUAUCCUCAUUCGAGAAAAGUCAAAAAAGACCCUUCAGCCACUACAAAACCCACCUCGAAUGUCAAUUCAUAUUUCGGACAACCACAAAAGCUACAGCCUUUACCUUCCAAGCCAAAUAAUCAAAUGCCAGAAAGAUCUCGUCGUCAAACAUACGAGACAGUCAAGGUUGAUACAUUGCCAAAGGAGCUUCGAGAACAUGGUGCUCCAGUCCUCCACUUUAAUACCCCACCUGCCAUAAAGGCUUACAGAGAAAGAUAUUUACCUUCAAUUCAAACUGGUUCUCCAACCUCGAAUAAAUUGAAGAUGACAACUGGUGCAUCAGCAUUGGAAUUGUCAGCGCCAAAAAUGGGAACUGUUCUAUCGACUUUAUCGCCAAAGAGAUUGUUCUCAGCACAACCCGCUGACCCGGUACCAGCAGAAGCAAAUAAUGUGCUUGGGCUCCCAACAAACCACCCAUCCGUCACCGAUCCUGGAAAAUAUGGAUCAUUCCAGACACCAGGUGCUGUGCCAUACAACUUGACCCCUUCUCCUGCUGCUAGCGUACAAGAGAACGAUUACUACGAGCCUUAUAAUGGUCGUUCACCAUCUCGCUUCGACAGCGGUGUUAAUAUCACCGAUUCUCCUCCCAUUUCGGUAAAUGAGGCAGCUCCAACUUCAAUAACUAAAAUCAUUUCUCCAGUAUCCAGGGCUUACAGUGCUGAUACAGCAACUCCGGCUGACGAAGAAAUGAAAAACAUAGGCAACCAGGCACACACCUCGACCAUCAACAACUACGCGACUUCUGCGAUCCUCGGAGCUCGAAAUCCCGACACGCACGCUGCAGCUAACGCGGGGAUGCGGGAAAUUAUUGAUUUGACUGAGGAGUCACCCGUGAUAAAUGGUGGAGCUUCUCCAGCCUUAGGCAGUCCCGAUGCACAAAGCCAGAGGGAUGAAGGGAUGGAGGAUGUACUUGAGGUGAAAGAACAGAUCAGGAACUCAAUCGGACAAACCUCGGACAUGGUAACCUAUGCGAAUCCUCUAAUCCUCAGAGCUCGCGACUCCAAUUCUCAUGUUAGAAUUCCAUCUUCUAAUUUCUGCGAGGGCCAUCUUCUGUCGCGGAUCGGCUCAGUUGCAGAGCGGGCACGAAAUUCAACGUAUUCCCUGGAACUAGAACUAGAGCUAGAACUGGAAUCUGAGGCUGAGCCUGAAGCUGGGGUUUUUCUGGGCGGAAGUAGGGUCGGGCAGCGGCAAAUAAUAAAUUUGACGUUGUCUCCAACGCCAACGUCGAAGCUCGACGGUUCGCCAGAGUAUGAUCACCCGGACUGUCUUGAACGAAUUGGUGAUGAGGAUACUGGCGCCAAUCUUGCUGAAAGAGACAGUUUCAUCGCACAAGGCCAUCAUUUUCACAAUCGUGAUGGACGCGCCCCCUCUCCGGAAAAUUUUGACUCCAUGUCAAGCAGAAGAGUUCCUGCGCAAAAUAUGAGCGGCUCAUCUGAGGAGGCCAAUUAUUUGGUCAGGGACCAAUUCGGCGAUUCUCAAGAUCAAUUUGAAGUUGCUACCCUCACAGAACAAAACAGAUCGAAUGCUAGGUCUCCAAACGGUAAAUCUCUAGAAGAUAAUGAUCCUUAUGAUGAGAGAAGUCCUGUACUAUCAGCACCAUCUGCUGAGCGUGCUACAAUCACUGAUAUAGUCACAUCUAUCGAGGAUGACACAUCUCUGGAGCUCGAAGUAUCUGGCGAAGGAGACGCGAUGGAAGUUGACGAAUCUGCUGAGGUUGACCCCUCCUUCAAGGUCACCGCACCUGCUGAAGGCGAUGCCAUGGAUGUCGACGAACAACUAAGCUCUGAUCUUUCCGAUGUCCCCAGCGAUGCCGAGUUAGGCCCUUUCAAUGAAGAAAGUGAGAGAUUCAUGAGUGAGAAAGAGGUACAACAGGCAGUACUUGACGCUCUAACGGUUUCUGUUUUCCCGAAAUCACCACCGUCAAGUAUGGUCGAUGACGAGAGAGCUUUUGAGUUGGCAAAGCGUGGAGCAUAUUUUACUCUGGCACACGCGCUCUUCAGUGCUGUUCCCAAGGAAGUCUACGACCAGAUUUGGAAGGAUGAACACGUCCGUCCAAAGAUUAGCUUGUCGGUUAACCCUCCUAGAUGGAUUCGUCCUCUUGAUCCUACAAUUAAACACCCAGCCAAGGCGGAUCCUAGUUCUACUGAGAUAAUGAAGGUUAUACGUGAAAUCGAGAAGUUGUUGGUCAGGAUUUGGACUGCGGUAGAGUCAAUUGUUGUUGUAUUGUAUUCCGAUAUUAGCAGUAAGUAUUUACCCUCCUUCUCAUAUAGAAAUCUUGCUAACAAUCACAGGGGAGUUUACUGUACACGAUCUUGAUGAGUAUUUCCGUCGCUACCAAGUUCAGAUUUUUGUUGAAUGGACGAGUCUCCACGGCCACCUUCUCACCUUGGCUGAGUGGAAGGACCGAUAUUUUGCAAUCAGCAAUAUCAAGAAGCGAGCUAUCCGUCAUAAUGCAAAUCCAUACGCUCGUUUGUUCACGGCCAGGAACCCAGCCGGCAUCCUUUUCUAUGGAACUGAGAAAUAUCUUGGAGCUAUGAAAGCUGCACUUGCAGAUGCUUAUCAGGCCAACGAGUGUGUGAUGAUGAAAGGCCGAAGAUGGAAGCAUUUGAUCGGAAUGCAUAAACGUGCUUUAGGUGAGGAAUAUAGUAAUUGCCUUGAUGGAUUGAGGAACUUCAAUACAGUUGUUAGGAGAAGAGAUUGGAAUGUUGAAGGUGCGCCGGUGGCUGCGGUACCUUCUCCUAUGGUUGGUAUGGAGAUGCCUACCAAGGUUGCGUCCAAAGAAGUAUCGUCUAAAUUGAAGGAGAAGGAGAUUGCUGUUGAAGAUGACGUCAAAAAGGAGUAGGAUCUGCGCGUUACAUUAACAUGAACUAUUUUACUGACAUCAAACAGGCCUGAUGGUUUGAGCGACGGCGAUCCACCUUACUACGAGGCCCCAUCCAAGUCCAAGGGGAAGGAGGUUGCUGUUGAGGAUGACACUGGAGAGAAGUACGACAUCCUUAUCUAUGGUUAUGCAAUAUUAUACUGACAUCAAACAGAUCCGACGAUUUAAGCGACGGUGACCCGCCAGAUAACUACGAGGAAAAGGAUGAUGAGGACGAUGAAGACUACGUUGAGAGUCGUUCCCAUCUUCGUCGCCGUGGUCCCAAACUCUUCGUCCAACCACCCACUCCGCGUAAGAAGCGCACCUCUGCAUUUAUCAGCCGUUCAACUUCUCGCUGUGUUUCAUCUAGUGAUGACAUUCAAAGUAACAAUAGACGCAGAACUUUAUCAGUCGCCCGUUCAACUUCUCGUCACUUUUCUUCUGACGAUGAGAUGAAAGGCAACAGAGGUAGAAGUUCAACUAAUAGUAGCGCAAUAGAGUCUGGUGAUGAACUACCUAGAGGUCGUUCACGUUACCGGGCUGGUUCCGUUCCAGCACCAGGUCCUAUUAAGAGUAUCCGAAAGGGAGCUAAGCGACUCAUGGUAGAGGUCGAUAAGAGUUCAAGCCCGAAUACCCCUAAGGAUUAUUCCGAGACACCUUGAAAAGACGUCGAUGGAUUGUGAGCUAAGGAGGAUGAAGUGUUAUGAGAUUCCAGAAAUCUGUUUAUGCAGCUCAGCCCACUGCAAACAUUUGGGAGUGUGAUAUGGUAUGAUAUGAUAUGAUAUGAUAUGCUAGGAUACAAAAUCAUGUUUGAUCAGAAUACCUAAACUUGUGUCAUAGCCAUGGUAUACCAUAGGGCUUUCAUUAAACAGGAGUUUGCAGCUUUUGUAUUUGAGCGAGUGUCUUGGAAGUCGAGCUCAUUUUCCGCUGUGUACUCAAUCAUCCAUCAGUAGUAAUUUUCUGACUUCGGCUAGUGAUUGCAAGUAGGACCAGGACAAAUAGAAUGAUUUUUAAAAUCUGCUGACUCUCGUUUGAUAUGUGA